AUGCAACAACAACCUCCACAGUACGGACAAGUUCCUCCACAAUACGGACAACCAGGUCAAGUCCCACAACAACAACAACAAUUCGUACAACAGCCUCCACAAUAUUCUCAUAUGCAGCCUCCUCAAGUGUCUGGACAGCCAGGUCAAGUUCCACAACAACAACACGGAACCAUGACUCCUCCACUGACUUCAUCUAGUCCACAACCAGGACAAGUCCCACAACAAGUACCACCAGGACAUCAUUCUCCACAACCUUACGGAAUGCAACAAUCGCAAUACGGACAAAUGCCACCUCAAGGACAACAAUAUGGUCAAAUGCCACAACAACCAGGAAUGCAACAAUCUCAAUACGGUCAAAUGCCACAACAAUAUGGUCAACAACAAUAUGGCCAAAUGCCACCACAACAACCAGGAAUGCAACAAUUUGGUCAAGUUCCUCAACCACAACAAUAUGGUCAAAUGCCUCCACAACAAUAUGGCCAAAAACCACAAAUGCCAGGUCAACCACAAAUGCCUCCACAACAAUAUGGCCAACCAGGUCAAGUUCCACAACAACAAUAUGGCAUGCCACCUCAAGGCCAACAAUAUGGUCAAAUGCCUCCUCAACAACCAGGAAUGCAACAAUCACAAUAUGGACAAAUGCCACAACAAUAUGGCCAACAAUAUGGACAAAUGCCACCUCAAGGACAACAGCAAUUUGGACAAAUGCCACCUCAACAACAAUUUGGCCAACAACAACCAUAUUUCACUCCAAUCCAACAACCACACAAUCCUCAACUCAAAGUUUGGUUCGAUGCUGUUGAUAUCGAUAAAUCUGGACAAAUCUCUCCAAAUGAAUUGAAGUCAGUCUUGUCAAAGGGCGGAAUGGAUUUCGAUCUGAUCGUUGCUCAAAGAAUGAUCAAAAUGUUCGACAAGGAUAACUCUGGACAAAUUGGCUUCCAAGAAUUCGAACAAUUGCACAAUUAUCUCAUGAACAUGAAGACCUCCUUUGAGAGAACCGAUGUGGAUCGUAGCGGAAACUUGAACGUGAAUGAAGUCAAGUCAGCUCUCCAAAUGUCGGGAUAUCAAAUUAAUCCACAAGCUGUUGAUCGAUUGUUCAGAUGUUUCAGCAAGAACAAACAAGCUCUCACUUUUGCUGAAUAUAUUGAUUUCACAAUCUUUAUUGGAACCUGCAAGAAUUCAUUCCAAUUAUUUGACAAGCAAGGAAAUGGAAUGGCCACCUUUACCUUUGAUCAAUUCCUUGAAGCUUGUUCCUACAUUUCACAAUAA